CGCGGGGUAAGUAAAAGUUGGGAUAGGACCUCCGCGGAGAGAUAGAGGAACAGAUAGGAGGAGGAGAGAGACAUAGAGGGAAAGAGAGGCAGAUGAACGGUGAAUUUAUUGUGACAGUUCAACGGUUUCACAGCAAACAUUAAACGCGGGGAAACACUUAUUUGCCGCUGACGAAAGGUCGGGAGACAGAAAGAAGUAGUGAGGCGGGGAGAGACAGAGGGGGCAGCCGACUUUCUCUGAAGUUGAAGCCAGAAUUUCACUCGUUAACUGCCGGAGGAAGAGGAGACCAGCGACCUGCAUUUUUGGAUUUGUCAGACGAAAGGAGGAGGCAAGGGGGGUGGGGGGGGAUAAAGGUUCCGAAAGCUCGUGAAUUCAAUGAACAAAAGUUGAAGUUUGGCGUCCGCCGUGGCAGUCGGUAAAUGUUGUGACACUUUAGGAUAUAGCGUAAAUUGUUCCAGCGGUCGACGGUCGAGUGGCGGGGUAAAACCCAAGCUGUCAAACCCGAUGACUACUGCAAACUGCCCCGGGAAUGAGGAGCUGGACUUCAGACUGAUAUUCGGAGAGGAAGGGCAGCAGCAGCCGUUAGGCCCUGCAGAUCUGGAACCUGAUGACAACACAUCAUUUUAUAUCCUGAAUGUGGGCCAGCCCCAAUCUGUGGUCACUAACCACCAGUCUAUUGGCUUGCCUCGUCACGGCAAUGUGUCUCACUCCUCGGUCAUCAACACUUCUCCACGCUUUCAGACACAAAAACCAGGAUCUGAGCCCCCAAACUAUGAAGCACAAGACUCCAGGUAUGGUACCUCCCCCCUGUUGCCCUCUGCUCCCGUGGAGGCACCAAAGGCCUUUGAGUGCCCAAGUAUCCAGAUCACAUCCAUCUCCCCAAGCUGCCCGCAGGAAAUGGAUGCCAGCGAAGAUGAUCUAAGGGCCAAUGGCCCUGAUGGGGACUACCAUAGUGACAGGCCCUUGUCCAGAGACCACCUGUAUUUGCCGCUGGACCACUCGUACCGGGACUCUUCUCUCAGCCCCAGCCCAUGCAGCAGCCUCUCAUCUAGGAGCUGGUUCUCUGAUGCCUCCUCUUGUGAAUCAUUUUCACAUGUCUAUGAUGAUGUUGACUCAGAGCUGAAUGAAGCAGCUGCCCGGGUUACUCUGGGCUCCCCUCUUACUUCUCCAGGCUGUCCCUCCCCUCAAACUGGGGGUGGUGGAGUUAUGGAAGAGCAGCCCCACUGGCAGCACCAUCAUCCUGCAUUUGUGCAACACUCCCACUCCAUCAGCUUGUCUCCCCGACAGUCUCCCUGCCACUCGCCACGUACCAGUGUCACUGAUGAAAAUUGGCUCAGCCCACGCCCGCCUUCCAGGCCUUCCUCACGUCCCACCUCACCCUGUGGGAAGAGGCGUCACUCUAGUGCUGACAUCUGCUAUCCUGGCUCUUUAUCUCCUCAUCACUCACCCACACCCACACCAGGACCUUCACCUAGGGGCAGCGUGACAGAGGACACUUGGAUUAUCAGUCCUCCUGUAGGCAUGUCACCCUUUCAGUGCUGCCCAUCAGAGACAGACAUCCCUUCCAAGACGAGGAAGACCUCACAGGACAGAACGACUGUGCAGACUGGUAAAGGGGAUCUGGGACUAGAUGAUCAGGGAAAUAUGUCUCCUAAUCUAGACUCCCCUUCAGACGAGGUCUUGCACAGCUUGAAGAAGGAUGGCCCUGCUGAACAGUUCCUCUCAGUACCCUCACACUUCUCAUGGAAUAAACCCAAGCCUGGUCAUACACCUAUAUUCAGGACCUCCUCACUGCCUCCUCUAGAUUGGCCGCUGCCUAGCCAGUUUGGCCAGUAUGAACUGAAGAUAGAGGUACAGCCCAAAGCCCACCACAGAGCACACUAUGAGACUGAGGGCAGCCGAGGAGCCGUCAAAGCAGCAUCCGGCGGCCAUCCAGUUGUCAAGCUAAUUGGCUAUAAUGAGAAGCCCGUCAACCUGCAGAUGUUCAUUGGAACAGCAGAUGACCGUUACUUGAGGCCGCACGCCUUCUACCAGGUGCAUCGGAUCACUGGGAAAACCGUAGCCACAGCCAGCCAAGAAAUUAUGGUCUCAAGCACCAAAGUUCUUGAAAUUCCUCUCCUCCCUGAAAACAGCAUGUCAGCCAGUAUCGACUGUGCUGGCAUACUUAAGCUGCGGAACUCAGACAUUGAGCUACGGAAGGGGGAGACUGAUAUCGGAAGAAAGAACACACGAGUCCGCGUGGUGUUCAGAGUGCACAUCCCUCAACCCAAUGGGAAGGUGCUGUCGCUGCAGGCUGCCUCCAUUCCUGUGGAGUGUUCCCAGCGUUCAGCUCAGGAACUACCCCAGGUUGAGAAAUCCAGCCUGACCAGCUGUCUGGUCAGCGGGGGAGAAGAGAUGGUCAUCACUGGCGCCAACUUUUUCCCAGAGUCUAAGGUCAUCUUCCUUGAGAAAGGCCCUGAUGGACGACCACAGUGGGAAGUUGAGGCAAAAAUAAUCCGUGAGAAAUCUCAAGGUUCAUGCAUUGUGGUGGAAGUCCCUCCCUACCACAGUAAGACUGUGAACUCAGCUGUGCAGGUGCAGUUCUAUGUCUGCAAUGGCAAGCGGAAAAGGAGCCAAUCACAACGCUUUACUUACCUUUCAGUCAUGGUUAAACAGGAGCACAGAGAUGAGCUGGACCUUGCUGCAGGACCUCCUAUUUCCAUGCCCCUGGCACAUGCUGGUAGUCUGGUGCGCACCCAGCUGCCUUCUCCUGAGCUGGGCCACCCAUCGGACAGCCUUCUGUCCAGCUCCCCUCACAGCCUGGCCACGGGCUCCGGACCUGGCCUGCUACCCGUACAGGCCCCCUGCCCCUCCCUGGGCUCCCCAUCUUUCCAGCACCUGCCUCACCUCCAGGGUCGCAUUUUGCAUCACCCUCCUGCAGACUGCCAAAUGACGUUCCAUCCGAACUCUUCUCCUGCUCCCCUUUCUGCUCCUCCCCGGUCCCCCUACGAGCCCAUGCAGCACAGUCAUGGUCACAGUCUGCCCUUCAAUGGCCAGCCCAACCUUCCUCCUCAGGGCUAUGAGAGGAUGCCUUUUCAGCAUAGCCCCAGUACAACAUCGCACCCAAUGGGCAUGGGAAUGGUAUACCCCUCCUCCCCUUGCUCCUCGCCAACUGCUCCCUCCUCUUCAACAGCCAACCCCAUUGCUGGAUCCCCCCACAGCCAGCAACCCUUAUUUACCCCCUCAUGCUCACACCUUCAAACACUGGGAAGCUAUCAUUGCUCCCCAAAUCCCACACAGGUACCCUCUCCUAGUGGACACCCCCUGACAGGGCAGCACUCUGCACAGCUGCAGAGGGCCAUGGGCUACCAUCCAGUAAGUCAAAGAUCAGCAUCCUGUCCUACAGCGUCCAGCGCCCCUCCUCCACGGAUGGUCCCCUCUCCCCACUCUGGGCCUUCUUCCCCUCAGCUCCACUCACUGCCGUACCAGUCUCCCACCUCAUCUUCACCCACCUCAGGUGGCAGUCCUCUGGGGGCCCUCCAGCAGCAGCCUUCUCCCCAGGCUACAAGCCCAGUCAUGACAAGCCUGUCUCCAGCAGGAGUGGGGCCUCUGGUUCAUCCUUUAAGCCCUCAGGGGCCCUUCCCAUCAGAUGGGGAGAGGCUGAACAUUAAACAAGAGCCAGAGGAUGGGGAGCCCACCUUCCGCUCCAUUGGCUUGCAGGACAUCACACUGGAUGACGUGAACGAGAUCAUCGGUAGAGACAUGUCCCAGUCCCCCAACCAGUCAUAGCUUGGCCUUCACGUCAACCGUGGCAUCUCCUUAAUCUCGGCACCUCUUCAGCUCCAUAACAGGCCCAAGUCCCAGUCCGGGUGCUGGUCCUGCGGGAAGAAGAGGGCUGAAAAGAGAGGAUUGUGGUCAGUGACUGAAUACGAUCGGAGAUUCUAUUAAAAUCACAAUGAUUUGCAAGUUCACCAGCCUGAAGAAGAAACUCCUCCCAUUUAUUUUAAAGCUGUUUCUCCUACGUAGAGAUCUUGAUACAGAACUUCAAAUAGAUUAGAAAGAAAAUGUGAGCAGGAGGAUGUUGUAGCAAUGCCAAGUUGGAGCCAGGGUGAAACUCUUGGAGAACAAUGAGAAACCGUUACAAAAACCUUCUUUCUUUUCAGCUCUUCACUGUUCAGGCAGUGACCCUUUGUUAGGUGUACAUCUGACCCUUUAAAGCACCCAGUCUUCCUGACCAAUCAGUACUCACGUCUGUGAGUCUGGAGCGCUCGCUUUUUUUGAAUGCAUUAUCUACAAGAGACAACAGAAUGCGCUGUUGUCGCCCUCUCACCAGCAUUGACCUUCAAGAAUGAAGACGUCUUGUGACACACGAGAAUAAGAGAUGCUCAGUAGUGCGCAGUCACGAGGAGCCAGAAGGCUGUUACAGUGCACUGAGUGUAGCCAGUUUCUCAGGCAACACAUCAGGAUGCUACAAAUAUUCAGGGUUAAUUGAACAUCAGCAAAAGUAUGGCAGAACAGUUAAACCAUGAAAUUGAAUUAAUGAUUGGAAUUCCUAUCAAUAUUUCAGGAAAUUUUCUUGCCAAGCUUUGCUGUCAGACUGAGUGAGCAAAAUUUGUUGUGGUGACGAUGUCCACGCCCCUUGUAAAUUAUAAAAAUAUUCAGGUCUGGAGGGGCGGGGCCCUGGCAGGUAGAACGAGUUGCUGUGGCGCCAAUCUCGUUCAGAUCUGCAACAUUCCACAACUUUUUGUAACCUUGCAGCCGUGUAGAUAUCUGUACAUUAACUCCCUUACACCAUCACCAUCACACCCGUCUCCUUUUCUUCUCCUGUCUCCUGUGUUUCCUCUUCAUCCUUUCCUUUCCUGUGUUUCUCCACCCUCUUCACAUUGAACAAAGGCCUUAUUAACAAUUAGGAGCUUUCAUUGGUGGCAAAAGCUUUUUCUUGUUGUUGCUUUUCCACAGCAGGCUUUAAGUUUAACGAUAUAUUUUUUCAGAAACAGAUGUGCAGCUCGGAUCGUGUGGAUGUGAUUUCAGGAGUCCCGAUGAGGGACAGUUGAAGAUGCAUGAAGAUGGCGAUUAGUUUGGUGUUAGAAGUGUUUUUCAUUGGUCCACACACACAGAAGUCUCUGCCUCUCAAAUUUCCAUCCAUGCAUUUCUGAAUCUCCCAGGGCCCUUAGUGUGGCCUUCAGUUUCCUAACAGCAGUCAUACCUCUAAUGGUAUGAUAGCUAAGGCAGGCAUAUUAUGAUAAAGUACUUACACAUAAAAAUGUUUAUAUGUUGCAUUUAUGUGUUGCGCCCCUUUAGCAAUGAAAGGUGAAAACCCACAGAACAGGAAUUGGAUGUAAUGGAGUAUCCCACAUCCCACUGUUUGAAACAAUCAAUCUUUGCUGAUAACGAUCCAUGACGACUCCUCCAUUGUUUCCAGGAUGUAUUUGUUCCCAUUCUUGCUCUCCUGACAGAUAUGCAGUGCCUGUGUGGCAGCAAUAACAAACCUGAGCAAAGAGCACCUUCAGGCACGUUUUUAGUCAGCUUUGACGUACCAGAUGUGAACACACGUGAACAGACAGAUACCGAUUCUGGCUUCCACUGGCAUGUCUGCCUUAUGUUUGACAAGGAUGAGGAGAGCUCAGGAGUGUUUUUAUUUUUUUGUUUUAAAUGAUGGUUUGAAGUGAGUUUCCAGGUGAAAAUUAUUAUGCUAUGCAUUCAUAUUCUGCCUAAUGCCUUUACAAAUGGGGAAAAAAAAGACAAAAAAAAAAAAAAAAAAGACCUUGAUGCCUAUAGAAGUAGACUGUAGACUUUUUUUUAGAUGCUUGAUUGAUUCCGUUAGCAUCCUGGAUUUGUCCAUCAGCCAAUCUGCCUUGCCGAGGACACAGUUGCAAGCACCGUAAUAGGUUCAGUUCUGAGUGAGUGUGUGGAUGAGUGGUUGAUGUUUGUACCAAAUACGCUGUACAGAAGACAGGAAUCGUAAGAGUCCUAUUUUCAACAACAGAAGCACACACAUGUAUUUAGGCUAUGCAAACUGUAACAGCAGCAAAUGUGAGAUAUGAUGUUAUAUAUGAGAAAUGAGAUUAUAAAGUAGUUGUAAAGUUGCUUAUGAACUUCACAGAGAAAAAUGACUGAACCUUCAGAUAGUGAGAGUAUCACGUCACUAUGUAAACUAUUAGGAUGCCUUAACUCGUUUGAAAACCAGUUUUUCAGUGUGUCUAUAUGCUGUUCUGUUUUUUUUUUUUUUUAAUGAGUAAGACGCAAGUCGGUUAUUUUUGUUAUUUUUGUUUGUUUUUAGGGGGAAGUGUGGACUUUAAGGGUUGGGUGGGAGGAAGACGAUGGGCGUUUUGCAUAUAAAGUUGGUUCUGCAGAUAAAAAGAAGCAAGACUACAAAAAAAAAAAAAAAAAGAAGCAAAACCCAGCAUUGACAGUAAACUCUGGCAGCCGCCCUUAUCUGUCAUAACCAAAGACCGAACAAUAUGUUCCCACUUUACGUAAUAGUAAAGCAACAGAGACUGUACAACUCUAUUUUUGAUACUUUGAAAUGGAUGUCAUUCCUAAAACUGGGGACACGA